AUGGGUGCAAGCAGCACUCCACCUCAAAUCAAAAUCUCGUUGAAAGAAUUCGCACGGGAGCUGCGUCAUGCGGUUGGUGUGGGCGAUUCAGAAACCGUGCAUAACACGCUCCGAAGUACCAAAUACCGUUUGAUUGAUCUCAUCACGGAACCACCUUUGAUUUGUUUGGCUGCUUCAAAAGGCUUUGCAGAUAUUGUCGGUCUGUUAAUUCGUCAUGGUGCAGAUGUCAAUGCAUCCUCUGCAGAUGAUUCUACUCCAUUGAUUUGUGCUGCGGAUAAUGGUCAUCUGAACGUUCUGGCCUUGUUGCUAAGUGCUGGUGCGCACAUGAACCUGAUAAAUCGUAAUGGUGAAACAGCUCUUGCUCGGUCCACACGUCGUGGUUGGGUGAAUUGUGCUCAUCUGCUGCUCACAUGUGGUGCGAAUCCGCAUCCAAUGCCAACGGACGGCCAUUCGAUGGUCGUAUCCCCGUUGCACUUGGCUCGUCAAAUGUAUCAGCCCGCAAUUGAACAGGACAUUAUGACCAGAGCCACAAGGCAAUCCUCUCCGCUGUUAUGUACUGUCUAUAUUGAAGCCAAAAAUGUGGGUCACGAUGUGAAAGGUCGAUCACAAGAUCCAUAA